UAGACAAUUGUUGUAGAUACAACUUUUAGUGCAAUACAAACCCUUCCUAUUCUCCUCUUCUUCUCUAAAAGGUUCUGCACUGUUCCAGCUCUAAAUCCAUGGAGUAAUCCAUGGUAGCUGAUGUUCAUAUGGUAUCAAAGCGUACGAUCGCUUGUUUACGCUUCCGCAAUCGUCUCUAUCUUUCAUCACUAUUCGAUUAAACAAUCCUCUGUUUUUUUUUUUUGUUUUUUUUCUGGAACUAAGCAUAAAUCUUCAUCAAUGGCUGAUACUCCAGCUUCAUCAAUGGUUGAUACUCCAGUGCCGCCUAUUGAUCACAAUGAUCCGUUAUUUCUCCAAUCUACAGAUACCCCCGAAAUUAUCCUGAUUUCUCUUCAAUUAACCGGCACUGAAAAUUACGCCUUAUGGCGCAGAUACAUGAAGAUAGAUUUAUUAGGAAAGAAUAAUCUCGGUUUUGUUGAUGGUAGUUGUGCGAAAUCCUCAUAUACUGGAGUAUUGUUGAAAUGCUGGGAAGGUGUAAUGCUAUUGUAUUAUCCUGGAUCAUGAAUGUAGUCUCGAAGGUGUUGCUAACUGGAAUUGCCUACGCCUCAUAUUCACAAAAGGUUUGGGAGAAUUUGAAGGAUAAGUUUGACAAGGAGAAUAGUGUUCGAACUUUUCAUCUUCAUAAGGAGAUCGCCUUUCUUACUCAAGGUACUACUGCUGUAUACACUUAUUUCUCCAAACUGAGUGAUCUGUGGGAUGAAUUUGAUGCCUUAAUUCCUCCUCCUACCUGCAAUUGUGCAACCUGAAGAAUAUUUACUGAGCACAUUCAGAAACACAGGAUUUUUCAAUUCCUCAUAGGAUUGAAUGAUUCCUAUUCUCGAGCCAAAAGUCAGGUGUUGAUGAUGCAACCUUUGCCGUCCUUGAAUCAGAUUUAUGCUCUUAUUAUACAAGAAGAAAGUCAGAGAUCUCUUACCUCUGUAAUGCCAGAUUUAGAGAUAGCUGAUUCCACAGCCUUAAUGACAAACAAACCAGCACCUACCUACAGAUCUAAGAAGGCAGAUCUAUACUGUGAUUAUUGCAAAAAGUUUGGCCAUACUAGAGCAGUUUGUAGGAGAUUGCUUGGUCAAUUCAACGCCAGGAAUAAGUACAAUAGAAACUCUCCGUAGGACAAAGGAGAAUUUCAACCUGACAGAUCUUUCCAUGUCAACAGAUCUAAGGUGAAACAUAACUCCUAUCCAAAGGCUGUUGUGAAUUGUGUAGCUGAGGAUUCUCCACCACAAACUACCACUCCUGAGAUUGUUCAACCUAUUUUCUCACCUGAACAAUACUACUAGAUUCAACAGAUGAUUCUCAGAGGGUAGGAUGUCACAGUUAAUGUGGCCACAGCCACCCUAGCAAGUCCCAACUCUACCGACUCAAACUCAGGACCUUUGCAGUGGCAAGGUAUUGGGGACUGGUAGAGAAUCAGGUGGCCUUUAUUUGUUUGGUGAUGUUGCUAAGUCACUACACUCCUUUCCUUCAGUUUGUCCUAAAGCUCAAACUGUUGGCUAAGACUCUGCUACUCUCAGUAUUUGGCAUAGAAGACUUGGACACAUGCCUUUUGUAACCUUACAAAAGAUGGACAAGUUUUUACAUAGUAAUCUAGAGAACUCUUGUGGUUUAUGUCCUGUAUGUCCUUUAGCUCGACAAACCAAGUUACCAUUUCCUCUUAGUAAUACUCAUUCUAAAGCUGUGUUUGAUUUGAUACAUGUUGAUGUAUGGGGGCCAUAUAGAAUGCCAACUACUGUUGGAAAAAGGUUCUUUCUAACAAUUGUGGAUGAUUUCUCCAGACUUACUUGGUUGUUUUUGAUGAACACUAAGGAUGAAACUUUUUUGAUGCUAAAUUUUUUUUUUCCAUGAUUCACACUCAGUACAACUCUAACAUCAAAGUUCUUCGAACUGAUAAUGGUUCAGAUCUUAACUCCUCUAUGCAUAAUUUCCUUAUUGCACAAGGGACUGUUCACCAAACUACAUGUGUUUAUACUCCACAACAUAAUGGGGGGUGGAGAGACGACAUAGAUACAUUCUUGAAGUAGCUAGGGCCCUCAGGUUCGAGGCUGCCAUACCUCUAUGUUUUUGGGGUGACUGUGUGCUUACAGUGGUGCAUAUCAUCAACGGACUUCCUUCCUCUGUGCUAAGGAAUAAAUAUCCUUUUGAGAUGUUUUAUCACACUUCCCCACCUCUUGAUCAUCUCAGGGUUUUUUGAUGUUUAGCAUAUUCAGUAAAUGUCCAGAAAAGGGAUAAGUUUGCUGCCAGAGCACUUCCUACUGUCUUUAUGGGUUAUUCAGCCACUAAGAAGGGUUAUAAACUAUAUAAUUUGCAUUCUAAAAGGUUCUUUUUUAGCAGGGAUGUUGUUUUUCAUGAAUCUGUUUAUCCUUUAAAAUAGAUGAUUCCUAGUAAUGAUCCUAUAUUUCCUGUCAUGGAUUUUGCUGAUGAUGUUCCAAUAGACCUUAUGGCCUCUACACAUGUUAUUCCUCCUCCUACUGCACCAGUACAUGCAAACCAUCCAGUGUUUGAUGUGUCUGAGGCUCCACUAAGAAGAUUACACAGACCUAAGCCUACACCCAAUGGUUUAAUGAAUAUGUAGUCAACUCUUGUAUCUAUCCUAUGCCUGAUUACCUGAGCUAUGCUCUAAUUUCUCCUGAGUAUGACACCUGCCUAGCUGCUCACAACUCUGAAAUUGAACCUAAGACCUAUAAUGAGGCUGUUCAAGAUGACAGAUGGGUUCUUGCCAUGAAACAAGAGAUUGUUGCUCUUGAAGAAAAUGGUACUUGGGACAUUGUUGAUCUUUCUCCAGGAAAGAAUGUUGUGGGUUGCAAAUGGGUGUUUAAAAUAAAAUAUAAAGUUGAUGGUACGAUUGAAAGGUUCAAGGCAAGGCUAGUUGCCAAGGGAUUUAGCCAAAAGGAGGGUCUUGAUUACCAAGAAAUCUUCUCCCCAGUUGCUAAGUUGGUGACUGUCAAGUCUGUCCUAGCUAUUGCUGCCUCUAAAAAUUGGCAUAUCUAUCAAAUGGAUGUGUACAAUGCCUUCCUUCAGGGUGAUUUGGUUGAGGAGGUUUAUAUGAAAAUACCUUAAGGUUUUUUUAAAGGUUCUCAUCACAAGGUUUGCAAGCAAAAAAGUCUUGGUAUGGAUUGAAACAGGCUUCCAGGCAAUGGAACCUGAAGCUCACUUCAGCUUUACAGGAUUUGGGGUUUGUUCAGAGUCAUUUUGACUACUCUUUGUUCACUCUUACUGUUGGUUCUGAUGUUGUUGUUAUCUUGGUUUAUGUGGAUGAUCUGAUGCUUACUGGUUCCAACCAUACACUCAUUCAAUCUACCAAAUACAACCUUCAGCAGAAGUUUAAGAUGAAGGAUCUUAGUGUCUUGAGAUUUUUUCUUGGCCUUGAAUUUUCCAUGAAUGCAUCUGGAAUUUUGUUGAAUCAGAGGAAAUAUGCCCUUGAAUUAAAUGCAGAUUCAGGUCAAGGGGGAGCUAAACCUGCUUCAACUCCACUUGACUUCAAUCAAAGACAUACUUCCUAUGAGUUUGAUGUAGCCACAGGAAGCACAACUAAUUAUAAGUUACUGAUUGAUCCUGAUAGGUACCAAAGACUAGUGGGAAGGCUGCUAUAUCUCGUUAUGACCAGACCUGACAUUGCUUACACAGUGCAGGUUUUGAGUCAAUUCAUGCAUAAACCAAAAGAGUCUCACAUGCUUGCUGCUAUCAGGGUGAUUAGAUAUAUCAAGAAUGCUCCAGGCCUUAGCUUGUUUAUGUCUUCUACUACAUCUCAUCAAUUAUUUGCCUAUUGUGAUUCAGACUGGGUGCUUGUUUCCCAAUCUAGAAAAUCAGUCACAGGUUAUAUGAUUAAGGUUGGAUCUUCCUUGAUUUCAUGGAAGUCGAAGAAGCAAGAAACAAUCUCACGGAGCUCAGCUGAAGCUGAAUUUAGGAGCAUGGCAUCCACAGUGGCAGAACUCUCUUGGUUGACAGGUCUGUUCAAGGAACUGGGAGUUUCAAUUGUACAACCUAUUGAUUUGCAUUGUGAUAGCAAGGUUGCUAUACAAAUAGCUGCAAAUCCAAUUUUUCAUUAACGAACUAAGCACAUUGAUAUUGAUUGUCAUUUUGUGAGAGAAAAACUACAACAAGGACUAAUCAAGACUCAUCACAUAGGAACAAGAGAGCAGCCAGCUGAUUUAUUUACCAAAGGGCUGGGAAAGGCUCGACAUGGUCAUUUACUUGUCAAGCUUGGUCUGAAGAAUGACUCUUGCCAUCCAGCUUGAGGGGGAGUAUUGAGAUUAGUGAUAUCGCAGUUAGUUAGGAGGUUAUAACAAACUCAUAAUUAGAUAGUGUUAGCUAGUCAUGAUAGUAAGUAGAGCAGUAAUUAGUUGGUUAUAAAUCAUUGUAUAAAUAGACUUGUAGACAAUUGUUGUAGAUACAACUUUCAGUGCAAUACAAAGCCUUCCUAUUCUCCUCUUCUUCUCUUAAA